AACGAAGAAAGCGUCAUGGAGCAUGACAGUGCUUGUUGCUGAAGUUUCUAAACGUCGAUUAUCUUGUUGUUUAUUAUUUAAAAUCUGUUAUGGCAACAGGAGGUGUUUCAAUGUCUAAGAAAGAGGUAAAGCAGCGCAGCAAUUGGCAGAGGACAACCAGUUUCUCUGACCGAGAUGAUGUCCUGAGCCUAAGCAGUGUGCCCAAUGAAGUCCGGAUUAAUAACUGGGAUUUUUCUGAUUGGAAACCCACUACACAGUCACUUGAUGGAAAGCGUAAGAAGAAGUCGAAAGGCAAUCCGGAGAGAGAGCGGGAGCAGUCCCUCUCGUUGGACUCCCCUCCACAGACGGAGAAGAAACAGCACACGCCGUCGACAUAUCCGAGAACCCGCAUCACUGCGACCACACCGACAUCACAGAGGGUGGCCUUGGAGAAUCUUCGACAGCACAUGACCUUCAGUGACUUUGAUGAUCAACUUGGUGCUGAGGGAGAACCGAACAACGAACGUGUUGUGAAUACUGACCGCCUCAGGCGACCAAACUAUAAGCAUCCUGGCCCAUCGGGGAGCAUGGACGACCUGCGACCGAACCGGGAGGUGAGAGCCAACCACAAUAACAACAGAGCUGAAACACCAGGGUCAUAUGGGCCUGACAGUAACCAAAUUGUUGGUCGACUGAUGCAGAUACGAGACUAUAUCAAGCAGGCCACAGGCAUGAUGGACAAUCUGCAAAAGUUUGGAGAUCAGCGUUCUUGUAAAGAAGACUUGGAAAAGUUGAAAAAGCUAGUAGACAAUCUUAAAGACCAGGAGCGUGGCUAUAUGAGUCUUCUUCAGGGUAUGUUGGCAAUGCGAGAUGAAGCGCUGAUGAGAAUGCCAAAUGGGACUGGCUCUGCUCCCGUGCAAGAUGAUGACAAGCAUGAUUCUGAUGAUACAAUCUCGGUGGAUCUUGAAAUUCAUACCAAUGCUUCAGAAACAACUGAAGAAAAUACUCUUAGCUCCUCUUCCCGUCCACGUAUAGAGGACAAGCUUGGUGACACUGAUGGGGAAGAAAGUGACUCCAAUAGUUCAGAGGCCUCUGGGAACAUGGACAACACCGUUAUUCCUGGUCACUUGAAAAGGCACACUCACUGGGAUAUCGAUAGGGAUGUUGAGGAGACUGCUGUUGUGGAGGUUAGCAACGAGAGAGAACAAAUUGAGCAACUAAAGCACCAGGAGGAACUGCUAAAGAUAUUACUGGAGAAACAAGCCCAGCUGAAGGCUUUGCAAGAACGACAAGAUGCCUUGCUGACUAUGAAGGAUAGUUGUGAAAAGCGAUUAGCCGUUGCUUCUACUAAACAAAAAGAAGCGGCUGGAAUAACUGCGCAGAUUACUGCGGCAGUGGAAGAAGCAGGAGCCCAGGCAGCGGCACUGCGUCAGGACAUCCCACCAUUGAAGUCGAACAUUGUGGGGUAUCCAGAAUCGGAGGAUGAUGAGCGUAACAGUGAACACGUACCUAAGGAACUGGCCGAUUUGAGGCGGGAUCUCAACAUACUGAGAAAUGAGUUAAAAACGGAGACAAGUAAUCUCAACAAUACGGAGGUUGAAACGGCCACUCUGAUCAGCAACAGACAACAACUACAAGAUAAGAUGCGAGACUUGCAGGAGAAGAAACAGCAGAUGGAUAUUCUGCUUGGACAGCUGCAGACUCUGAGAACCCGAGGACUGGACCAGAUGGACUAUGCUAACACGGAUGAUGACAACAUGAGUCCUACAUCGUCUCAGAUCAAAAUCACUGAUUCCCUGGGAGCGUCGGCUGCUGCUGGAGACACCGCCGAGACCGCCCAGGAGAUGCUCGACAUGAUGGACGCUCAGAACAAGCUGAGCCAGUUACAUGAUGUUCGUGAUCGACUGAAUAAACUGCGUGAUUUGGUUCAGUAUUACCAGACAACAAAAGGUGAAAAUUCUGAGAUGGGUGAACAGGAUGAACAGUCAUCAGUUCCAGGUUACAGUGAUUACGGAGAAGGGGAAUUAACUCGAAUGAGUAACAGGCAACAAGGAAAUAGUGAUCGUGCAAAGUUGCACCAGGUACCGGUACAGGAAACCUUCACAUUCCCUGGAAUGCAGACGGCAAAUAUCUCUGCCCCAGAACAGUCGGAUGAGGAAAAUGCGUCUGGUGGCGACUCGGAUGAAGCGUCAGUAGUGUCAAGUCUUGGGCCUUGGGGAGAUGAUCCAGAAAUACAGGAGAAAGUCAGAAAAUUGAAAGCUGCAAAGGAAAAGCUGCGUCGACUUCAGGAUCUUGUGACCAUUGUACAACAGUCUCCCGAUGCUGCCCUUGACCUUCCAGAAAACCUUUCGGCCAAUCUAGAUGAUGAUGUCGUUGCUCAGUUAACAAGACCUUCUGAUCAGAAUGUUACUAGUGAAGGAGAAAUUACAGAUCAGGCCAAACCAAGUGUUCCUAGGUCUGACGUUCCUUUGCAUAUUCAGCGAGGAGAGCUUGAAAGUCUUCGAACACAAACACAGGGACUUCUGAGAGAAGUUGCAAGUGUUCAGACUUCUGAAAGCCCGUCUCUUGAAGCCCAGCGAGAAGAGCUAGAGAAACUAAAAGUUGAGCGCCACAGACUUUUAGCAAUCCAGAGCGCUCUUCAGCACUUUCAGGCUACCGAGGAUGCAAUGAGUGAAGAAAGCGUGACCCCCAGAGCCGCGGAUAACCAGUCUGACAAGAUCCAGGAGGACCAGCAGCCACAGGGCCAUCAGAACACUCCAGUUGUUACCUUUGCCUCCAAUGAUGAACUUUACAGCAAGAUGCGAAAGCAGCGAAUAUUGCGUGAAGAAUUGAGACAGAAAAAGAAGGAGCUGGAGGCCAUAAUGAAGAAAGAUAGAAACAAGAAGUCGUACGUGAGGAAUCAGGACAACCAGAGUGAUACGGUGUCAUAUUCCACCGAUGCUUUUGCUCCAAGUGCUAGUGUAGAUGUGACUAUGGCAACCUGGGGUGGAUCCACUGUUGACAAUCUGGGCAGCAUCACUGAAGAUGAAGAUGGAAAUGAUAGAAAUGAAGAUGAUGGCUAUCCCAGUGAUGGCAUUGUGCAGGUGGAGGAAGAGGAAGAGGAACAAGACUCGGAGAACGGGACGUACACCAUAGAGGAGGAUGCCAGGAAGCGGCGCUCUGAACGUGCGAUGCGUAGCAUGGAACGACCAAAAACUGCACGAGGCAGGACACAAGGUUAUCCCCAACCCAUCAGAAAACAGAUAGACUCCACACGACCCAAGCAGAUAGCUCGACCUCAAAAAAAGAAAGGAAAGGGGAAGAAAGUGUCAAAAACUAAACAAGAGAACUAUCGAUCUCCUGAAGAGAUUGUCAAUGAAGCUGAACAAAGCCCGAAAGGUCAAACACUGGCAGUGCUUCAACAACAACUCGAGCGAAUGUCCCACAUGUGCCAGGCUCUUCUGUUGGAUCAGCAGAACAUUAGCCAAGCUAACAGCAGUCUGUCAUCAUCAGGCAUGCUUCUGUCUCCGACUGCCAUGGCCCGCGGCAACCUGGUGCCUGACAUGCUGCAGCAACAGAUUCAGCAGCAGCAGAUGAUGAUGUGCCAGUGCUACCAGCAGCUGUCUAUGCAACAGAUGGAGAUCCACAAUCUCUACCAGAAUCUCAACAGGCUUAGCCAGCACAACCUCUCGGAGAUCGCGGAGGACCACCGACCCAGCCCACUCGUUGUUCCUCACAUGGUACCGCCAUCAGCGUCCGCCAUUCCCAACAGUGCGGCAACGAGCAGCUUUAAUCUGCCGCCAUCACAGGAGACAGCAUUUACUCUAGAACCUCAGUCUCCAUUGUUUCGUGAUUUGCCCCACGAGAGAAGAGCACCCAGUGCAUCUAGUACAAAAUGGGAAGACAUGCUGAAGCAGUCAUCACAGGCGAAUGGAGCAGCCUCUGGUUUCCAUGUGAACAACCUCCGUCCAGCACCUCCGCCCCGCCUGGACUCGUACCUCCGCUGUACUGGCAUGCCAGAAAGCAGUUAUCAGGCAAAUCAGUCUGCAAACAAUCACGUGAACAUUCUCACACUCUCGGGACCACAGAAAGAGAAGGCAGCGGGAGAUAAUGCCUUCAACACACAAAACACUAGAAAAAGGAAAAGCCAACAAGAACAGUCCAUGAAAUCACAAUCAGCUACUGGAAAAAAAUACUCGACUCCCACUACCGAAAGUUCUGCUGGUAAUCAGCGUUAUCAGCCUGGUUUGAGUUCUGGCAUCAGUGGUGCAGGCUUUCAAGAUAUGCCUCCAGUGUCCAGUGCGAGAGAGAAAUCCACUUCUGGUUUUCAGGAUAUGCCAAGCUUACCCACUGCUAGAGCAGCUACAAGUCCCAACAGCCUGUUUACCAGGGCAAGAGAGUACAGAAGUGCCGGGGAGUUAUCUCUCUUUGAGGCAUUGAAAGAGACUAUCUACUCUGAAGUGGCAGUCUUCAUAUCUCAGAAUGAAAGCCGUCCUCACUUCCUGAUCGAGCUCUUCAGAAUAUUACAGCAGCUCAAUACUGACUACCUUCGCCAGAGGGGACUCUAUGCAGUUCAGGACUUGGUCUCUAAAACUCUUUCAAAGGAAGGAAACAACAACAACUGCGUACCUUCAGUACGUUCCCCAUGGAUGGGUAAUGCUGGUGAGAACUGGACAGCAUCAGAGUUAACUCCAAGUGAGAGUAUAGCAACCUCUGAUGAGGAAGAAAUUAAAUCUCAGGUGAAGAAACACUUGGCAGCAUCUGCCAAGAAGAAGAAGUUGAGUGAACUGCAGGCUACCGGGGCUCUGCACAAUGACCAAUUUGACUAUGUUGAGCUGGCCGACAACACUAGCUCACUGUCCACUCCUUCCACAAGUCUCUGGGAUUCCCCCUUCGCUCAGGACUCCCUCGGAGACACAGUCAUUCACUUUGAUAAGGCAUUAGAAAGAAUGCAGGAGUAUAAAAAGACACAGAAGGAUGAAGAAAAUGCAGAAGAAAGAUCAUAUCAGGGUUUUCAGCAACGACUGAAAGAAGUUCGACAAGCAGCUAUGUCUGAGCAAGCUGGGACCAACCUGGAUCAGGGGAGCGAGAGUUCUGAAGUGACGUACCCCCGGAUUGACACGGCCCAGCUGGACCAGCAGAUCAAGAGCAUCAUGACGGAGGUGAUUCCCGUGAUCAAGGAGCACAUGGACGACGUCUGCUCGCCACAGCUCCUCGCCUACAUCAAGCGGCUCGUUCUCUCGCUCACAAGACAGCACGACAACGGGCAGGAGUUCACACGGUUCUUCCACAGGCAGCUCGGAUCCAUUCUUCAAGACUCCAUGGCCAAGUUCGAGGGAAGAAAGAUGCGAGAGUGUGGUGAGGAGAUCCUGGUGGAGAUGUCAGAAGUGCUGUUUAAUGAGCUGGCCUUCCUAAGACUUAUGCAAGAUCUUCACCAGCCAGUUAAUUUAGCUGACAAACUAAUUGGAAAAACAUGGUUUCAGUCUGAUCAACCUCUUCCCAAUAGCAAGGAGAUGGCGGCACUUGUUGGCGAGAACUCAGAUGGUAAAGAGUCGUCUGUAGAACUGACAGAUGAGGAGGGGGCGGAGACCAACCUGAGGAUGAAUUUCAAUGAAGAGGAAGAUCUUGGCAAGGAACGUGAUGAUGAACUAGCCAAUGAGAUGACUUAUCAAGACACCGACAAAGAUGAUGAAUCAUACCAGAGUUCUGGCCUUAAAAUUGAGCUGGCCCCAAGUGAAACAAAGCCAUUCACCAGAAUUGGCAGUGAUGAAGAUGACGACGAAAUUGAUGAGUCCCAGAGCAUGGAGGAUCCCUCAGAAACGGCUGUGUCCCGUGAUGCCAAACUGGAGCACACGGCAGCACCACAGGAAACUGUGGAAGCUGAUAGUAAAUCACAGCCGGCAGCACCGGCCCAAGAUACCACCCAGGACGAUGGUUUUCAGGAAGUCAACCAGGUUUCGUCGUCACCGAGCUGUGAUGCCGACGGCACAGUAACAGAAGUGAGUUCUUCCACUGGAGGAGCACAGCCAGGUACAGAGACGGAUAACGUCACAGAAUCAGAAACACGUCCAGCCACCGAUGCCUCACAUCAGAUGGAAAAUCAUUUACCUUCUCAGGUGAAUGGAGAGAUUGAAGGAGAAAUUGGUGUAGAUGACUUACCUGCAUCAUUAAAUAUUGAUGGCCCUCCUGGUUUAGCUAAAAAGUUAGAUGAAGAAGAAAAGGAAGUGACAGGACCGGAAGCGAUUCUGUUGGAAAUGAACACUGGUGAUGAGCAGGCUGGAGACGGGAAUGCCAUUAAAGAUCCAGAUUCUUUUGCAUGAAGUAUAUUGCUGGCUACCUUACAGACUGUUUGACUGUUCCUCUUGAUUUCACAAAUUUACUAUUUAAACAGUUAUUAGACAGUUGGUUAUGUACGACACGUUUCAUUGUUGUAUUUAGUUUACCAAGUAUAUAUUCAGGUGUAACAAACCACCUUGUGUUUAUAGGUCAAAAGUUCGAUGACAGUGUUUCUGAAAGUGUUUGUUACCAAGAAUGUAUUAAGAUUACAGAUACCAAAAAUGAUUUCAAGUUUUGUGUAUUAUUACAUAUUGCUAAUAACUUCAUUAAUGAUCAUUACUGAAGCAUUCCACUUUAAAUUGGGAUUAAGAAAUGCUAAUAUGUCGUAUUUUAGCUAAUGUUAUUAGAAAAUCUAAUUAUGUGGUGUUCUGGAAAAUGUGCAUUCUUAGCUACACAUUAUAGUUAUGUAAUCUCAGUGACUUCAUAAACAACUGAACCAUCACAUGCAUAUUUCUACUGAGAUGAAGAAUUUAUCAUUUAGAUUUUGAAAGACAAAUUACACAAAUAAUUUCACUACACCACCAUUUACAGAGAAGUACCGAAGUUUAUUAUUCACAAUUUUAAUCAAAUGAACUAUACUAUUUUCAAAGGCAAUAUCAUAUUAUUGGUAUUUAUUAUGAGUGGGUGUUAAUUGUUGUUUUAAAACAAAACUGUCCAAUGUAGUACCAUGACACACUGUUUUGUGACUAGAAUUUACAGUACUUUAAUAUUUGCUAAAUUAAAUGUAAAAGUAUUUUUGAGCUAUUGCUUCCCAUGAAACAAUACUGCUGCAUCGAGGUGUGCUAUUGAUAACACGUUCAAUAGUUUUUACAUGUUUGCUGCUGCGGGUUUACUGUUGUUGAAAGUGUUUGAAAUCUUUUACACUUGUGUAUAUUAUGAAUAUGGAGGCAGUGAAGUUGUUCUUUUUUGGAAUGCAGUUACCCGUGUAUAUUUAGUGUAUGUAAAUAUUGUAUAUCGUACAGAAUUUCAGUGAUACAAGACAUACUUUAGGUUAGUGGUAUAUAAAUAUUUUCCAUAGCUCCCUUUCAGUGACCUGAUUUUAAAAUAAAUAUAUAUAUAUAUACACAUAAAUCAAGCUUACUUUUCUCGUCUUGGAUAAAUGCCAAUAUCACUGGCCAACAGUGAUGCAGGCUGUCAAACUAUACAUUUUAGCAAAAAAAAAUUAAGCUUAUCACAUAGCUAAAAACAAUUGAUUUCUAAAUGCUUACUAGCAUUCUUUUAGUUAUGUUAUGUUUUGCAUGUUGUGAAGUAACACAAGCCUCAUAUCCUUUCCUGUGAAUGCUAUUUAUAAUGUAUCACAACUAUUUUGCAAUUGACUGGUCACAUUCCUGUGACAUAAUGCUGUAAGUUGUAAUGUAGAUAAAGCUUAUUGUAUGUCUUAUAUAGAGUUCAGUAUUAGAUUUUGCUUUGGUGUUUAAACUUUAACUACUAGUUUUUUUAGGCACAGAAAUAAUGCUAUUGUGAAGUUAAUAUUUAUUAAUGACAUUUUGUGUUAACAUGAAACAAGUGUGAGUUAUCGAGUUGUGGUAGAUUGGUGAUGAUCCUGAAUUGUAUUGGUUUUAUAAAAUGCAAUCAAUAGUUCAUUUAAUUUAAUGGUUUAUAAUAAACUCAUGAGUGUCUAAAUUAUAUAUAUUUAUAGAAGAAGUACAAGAAUUGCAGGGCCCUUGAGUGUAUUUCAAAGGAACGGGGUCACUGUUAGUGUCAUGGCUUGGGAAAUUGAUAUUUGAGGGCCUAAUGGUUCCAAUACUGUUGGUGUGUGUGUGUGUGUGUGGAGGGAGGGUGGAGCUCCGGUGGCAUACAGCCUGAGAACAAUUUAAAUUUCUGGUGUUCAAAUACGGCAUUUUCAACCUCUUGAGCAUCUUGCAAAAAAUACCGGCGUCGUGGCAGGCCAUCGGUCUACAGGCUGGUAGGUACUGGGUUCGGAUCCCAGUCGAGCCAUGGGAUUUUUAAUCCAGAUACCGACUCCAAACCCUGAGUGAGUGCUCCGCAAGGCUC